AUGAGGAAGCACCCGGGCGGAUGGUGGCCGGCCAUUGUUUGCGUGCUGCUCUUCAGCCACCUUGCCGUGGUCAAGGCGCGGGGCAUAAAGCACAGGUUCAAGUGGAACCGAAAGGCCUUGCCGAGCACCUCCCAGAUCACCGAGGCCCACGUCGCCGCCCCCGAGAACCGCCCCGGAGCCUUCAUCAAGCAAGGCCAGAAGCUGGACAUCGACUUCGGGGCCGAGGGCAACAGGUACUACGAGGCCAACUACUGGCAGUUCCCGGAUGGGAUCCAGUACGACGGCUGCUCCGACGCCAACGUCACCAAGGCGAUGUUUAUCGCCAGCUGCAUCAAUGCCACCCAGGCGGCCAACCAGGCCGAGUUUUCCCGGGAGAAACAGGACAACAAGCUUCACCAGCGGAUCCUCUGGCGGCUGAUCCGGGAGCUCUGCUCCGUCAAGCACUGCGAUUUCUGGUUGGAACGGGGCGCGGGCCUGCGGGCCACCGAGGACCAGCCCCUGAUGCUCGGCAUGCUGCUGCUGCUUUGGCUGCUGGUGAAAUAA